GCGGCUGCGCGUGUUUACGUGAGGCGAGUCGACUGCUCCCGUUUCCUGGCGGAGAAGAUGGCGGCUCCUGGACCAGGGGAGUAUUUCAGCGUCGGGAGCCAUGUCUCCUGCCUCACCUGCCUGGGGCAGCGCUUGCAAGGAGAGGUCGUCGCUUUUGACUACCCGUCCAAGAUGCUGACUUUGAAAUGUGCCCCGUCCAGUGGUAAACCCAACCUCAGCGAUGUGGUGCUUGUUAACUUGGCCUAUGUGUCCGAAGUGGACAUCAUCAGUGACCGUGCUGAAACUCCUCCCCCUUUAGCAACUCUCAAUUUUAGCAAGCUUGUGAAUAGAGCACGGGCGGAAAAGGAAGAUAAGUUGUCUCAAGCUUAUGCAAUUAGUGCUGGUGUUUCUGUAGAGGGUCAACUGCUGUUCCAGACCAUUCAUAAAACCAUCAAAGACUGCAAAUGGCAGGAGAAAAACAUCCUAGUGAUGGAUGAUGUGGUCAUCAGUCCGCCAUACCAAGUGGACAACUGUAAAGGCAAAGAGGGCAGCGCUUUAAGCCACGUGCGGAAAAUAGUUGAGAAACAUUUUCGGGAUGUGGAGAGCCAAAAAUCAGUGCCGCAUUCACAACAAGCUCAACAAACACAGAAGGACUCUGCUUUAUCAUCAUGAGCCCAGGCUCAGAGAGAGGAAACAAUAUGCUGACAAAGAAAGUGUUGUUUGUUUUAAAUUAAUAAUUUCUGAUGUUGUUUUUUUUUUUUUUUUUUUUUUAAACCAAUUGCCAGACAAAGGUUGAGAUAGCUGAUACUCAGCGUUUUGAGCAGGGACGACGGUCCACAUCUGAAGAGAAAAAUGCUUCCAUUUACAAAAGAGAGGGCAAAAAUAGAGUGCUGUCUUAGAAUAUCAUUUCAUAUAGAAAACAUGCUUUCCAACAUCAUUAACUCACUAAACCUACCAUGCUGGGUCUCUCAUUUUUUUCCUCCUCUUAUUAAAUAGCCCAUGUGUUUUUCAUCUCAUUUGGUUAGCCACCAAAAAAAAAUCACAUUUUCAGUUCAAAUCCAUGAUCUUGCGUUGUGCCACAUUUUUUAGUGGUAGAAAGGGUGUGAGGGUGGAACAAAAACAAUUUUCUUAAGGUAGACUGGAUAAUUAUUGUAUGAUUUCUUUAGCAGCAAAUACGGAGUUUAUUUUGUAGGUUUAGAAUUAUUGAGGGCUGAAGGCACAGCAUUGGAAACUGAAUUGCACUUAGCAUCGACCCAACAUCUUAUUUUUAUAUAAAACUUUUUUCUUUUUUUUUACUUUUGUCACUUUUUAAGUGAUAGACGAAGGAGUAACACUCUUGAGUGCUGUAAGCAUCCUUUCAGUUUACUUGUAGAACGUGGUCUUGUUGUCUCUUCAGCUCCGGGUGCAGUUGACCAAGAGAGAAAUGGAGAGCCAAGACUACUUGGCGCUAUCCUUUUUUUUGUCAUUUACUUCCAUAUUGGUCCUGUACUUGCCAUUUUGAAUACCUCUUCCAUAGUGGGACCAUUUUCUAUGAUGCAAUGUUUGUUUGUAUUAUUAUUUCCAAACACAUCCAAACUGGAAGGGUACAUGCAGUGACCAAUGAGAGACUCACGCCUCUCUUUGACUUUUUGCAUUCCUUCGUUAUUCCAGCGACGGUCAAUUUUCUUCAGAUAUGUGUCGGCGUAAGACGGCUCAUAUCAUGCUCAUCUCUAGCGACAGAACUGAUCUCUUUCUGAACGGGAAUAUUUGUAAUCGCCUGUUUUGGGAAAAAUAAAUGUUAAAGUGAAAUCUUGCCAUGUUAAGAGACUGGGAUGGGCGGCACUGGCUCAAAGCCGAAAUCCUCCCCAUCCCAGCCUUGUGAACCUCGUAGCCUGAUUGAGGCUCAAGGAGUGGCGCCAAGCUGUGACGUGUAUCCGGGUUGCAUACCAGUUUAUAUCGCUGUGUUGACAAGGAUGCUGUUCGCCUAUAGGUUUCUUUCGCAGUAUUUUAUUUUUUAUUUUAAA